GAGAGGGCUUUCAGGAGACAAAGACUCCGCCUGGGGGCCGUGGGCGUGGGCCGGCGCCUCCAGGGUCUUUGUAGGAACACGUGCAUCUCACGGGAGUGGGUCUUUGGUGGAUUUGGGUUCAGAAGCCAGCAUCUGCCGGUGCCUUUGUGUGUGCGUGGCUUGGCACGGCUGUCUCGCGCCAGUAUCCCCGCUCCGCAGCCUGGCGCUUGGUUGUGGGGACCGGUGGGCGCUCCGCGUGUGUCCGCAUACGUGGUCUGUGCCUGUCGACGUGUCUGGGUUGGGUGUCCGUGGGGCAUGUGUGCGCGCUCAGAGCCAGAGCUGCCCCGACUCUCCGCUUCCCCUGCUGUCCACUGUUUCCCCCCUACUUGGCUUCAAACUUUUCUCUGGGUUCCUCCGGCAACGCCUGCUGGCAGCCCUCCUUUCUCUCUCUCACCUCCGGAGGUCCUUCGAGCAGCCAGGGAGUGGGAUAGGAUUGGUGGGUCGGGGGUGAUCUGCAGUCCCUGGCGACUGGCCCGGGCCAGGAUUGGGCGGAGCAUGCUGGACACCCUCACAGGACCCUAGUGGGAGGAGGGAGGGACUCGGCUGGUCCGGGCUCCGGCCUGAGGCUGGAGACCCCGGAGUAGCGCGCUGCUGGCCGAUGUCUGCCUUGCGCCUCUGGGACAGAGUGAGUGUGGAUGGAGGAACCUGGCAGUUUGGUGGAGAGACUUGCUUGGUUUCGAGUACCGCUGUACGUUUAUCCGGACUCCAGGGUUGAGAGGACCAAGCUUCCGAUCCCAUAGGGUGACCGAAGCUAACAGUUGAGGAUUCCUGGGACAGGCUGAGGUGUCCUUUGGUAACAGUGUCACCAUCUGUGUGCCUGGGGCCUCACCAGCAGACCUGUGUCUGAGAGGUGCCACCAUGUGGGGCUCCCUGUUCCUGCUGCUCCUGGCUGCCGGCGGAGUGCGGACCACCCGGCCAUGCUUUCCCGGGUGCCAGUGUGAGGAGGAGACUUUCGGCCUCUUUGACAGCUUCAGCCUGACUCGGGUGGACUGCAGCAGCUUGGGCCCCCACAUUGUGCCUGUGCCCAUCCCUCUGGACACAGCCCACCUGGACCUGUCUUCCAACCGGCUGGAGACGGUGAAUGAGUCGGUGCUGGGGGGGCCGGGCUAUACCACACUGGCAGGCCUGGAUCUCAGUCACAAUCUCCUCACCAACAUCGCACCCACUGCCUUCUCCCGCCUGCGCUACCUGGAGUCUCUCGACCUCAGCCACAACGGCCUGGCAGCCCUGCCGGCUGAGAUUUUCACCACCACCUCCCUGAGUGACGUCAACCUCAGCCAUAACCGACUACGGGAGGUCUCCAUAUCUGCCUUCUCCACCCACGGCCAGGGCCGGGCACUGCACGUGGAUCUGUCCCACAACCUUAUCCACCGCCUGCUCCCCCAUCAGCCCCGGGUCAGCCUGUCUGCACCCACCAUUCAAAGCCUGAACCUGGCCUGGAACCGGCUCCGCGCUGUGCCCGAUCUCCGAGACCUGCCCCUGCGUUACCUCAGCCUGGAUGGGAACCCCCUGGCUGCCAUCAACCCAGGUGCCUUCAUGGGGCUGGCAGGCCUCACCCACCUGUCCCUGGCCAGCCUACAGAGUGCCCUCCAGUUAGUACCCCAUGGCUUCCGGGAGCUCCCGGGCCUGCAGGUCCUGGACUUGUCAGGCAACCCCAAGCUCAAGUGGGCAGGAGCCGAGGUGUUUUCGGGCCUGGGCUUGCUGCAGGAACUAGACCUGUCGGGUACCAACCUGGUACCCCUACCUGAGAUGCUGCUCCAUCACCUCCCUGCUUUACAGAGUGUCAGUGUGGGCCAAGAUGUGCAGUGCCGGCGCCUGGUGCGGGAGGGUGCCUACCCCCGGCAGCCUGGCUUCAGCCCUAAGGUAGUCCUACACUGUGGAGACACCCAGGAGUUUGCUGCCAGGGGCCCAGACAUCUUGUGACAAAUGGCGUGGCCUGGGGCCACUGGACAGACUGUCGUCCUGGGCUCGCUCAGGUCCCAGCUAACUUAUAUUUUAAUGUGCCAAUGCCUGUGGGGGGUCCACAGGCCUGUGUGGCGGCAUCUCAGUAAAGCUGUGGGCCGGGGAUAGCGUUCCUACCUGGGACCUAUACCCAGUAGCGAAAUCUUCCCGUUUGUCUCAGUGGCUCACUUCCCGGAACUGUGAGCAGAGGGACAUGGAUGCCAACCAGACUCUGGUCCCUUCCCGAGCCCCUGCCCUAGUUGUCCCUAAGUGCCUUCUCUUUGGUCCGGGCUGACCUGACCCGUGGUGUGAGAGGGUGGGUGGGCGCCACCGUUGCAAAUGAUGACUCGGGUCGUCUGACUGAGGGUUCCUUUGAGCACAGUGUCUUCUCACGUCGUCUGUGCUCUGGGCCCGUGAGGCCAGCUUCUUCCCCAUUCUCAUGGAAUCCUGGAUAGACUUAAUUAUUUAGAAGGAUUUAGAGAGAAAAUCAAAUCCGGCCUCCUCGGAGGACAGAUGGGAAUAAGGGACUGGGAGCAGCAAACCUGCUCACCUGAGGUCCCAGCCUCCUGCUGAGGUUGGGGGCUGUGUACUUUCCUCUCUGACAUCCAUCCCUCCCCCUUGCUGGGCACCCUGUUACCUUGUCUGUGCUCCUUCCCGUCACGUGACAAGGUCACGGGUUGGGGGGACUCUAGGUCCAGUGGCCAGUUUAUGCUACGAGCAAGGUCAGUCCGCCCUUCAGAGCCUCAGAAGCUCGGGACACACCAGUCCCAAGCCCGUCAGUUUCUCAGGUGGGGGCCCCCUAGCAUCAAGACUGGAAAGGUGCAGAUUCUCCCCAGAGACCCUGCCUCAAGAUUCUUCCUAAGAAGUCUGUGGAAUUGUGGCUGUCCUGCCGUGCGCUCCAAGGGGACUUGUGGACUUGCUGACGGCCCGUCAGUCCUCCAGGAGUGGGGCAGAGAGAGACAGGGUUUCCCCUUCCCGUUGUGUUUAUCCCCGGGGUCGCAUCUCAGUUCGCCGGCCCUGGGUUCCUUCCUUUGUCUUCUUCAUCUUGUAAGAGUCACUGCCUUUUCUUCACCAACUGUCACUUUUAACCCCCACCUCUGCUGGCCGGGGAUGGAAACGAAGAGAAACGGAUUUGCUCACUUUUGUAAGACUCUUCGGGGCUCGUGUUGGGGGUGCUGGGAAGAAGCCAGCUAUCGGUGACCACGUGGGCACUCUGGCUGGCCCCGGAGAUGCUCACGAGGCAGUGAGAGCUCUUUCUUCCCACACUAGCUCUGCCCAGCCCCUGAGUGGUCCUUGGUUUAAUAAAUACAUAGAAGAA